AUGCAGCCGACGUUAUGCGCCGAUCUUCGGCAGUGUCUCAUCUCGUCAGCAGAGAACACGGCUCAUCUUCCUGUUGUAGAGGGGGCCGUCGUCAUCAACCGCACCAGCGGGAGCUCCAAGCUGGGGAAAUAUGUGAUCUUGCAGCUCUGCAGCAGAACCCAAAUGGAAAUCGGUGAGUAAUCAAAAUGAGCUAGGUUCCUUCACAUUUUCUUCUCUGGUUCAGCGGAGCUUGUUCUGAGCUUCUCUGUGAAGCAGGCACGGGAAGAGGAAGGCUCACCCAGGAAGCCAGACUCAGACGAGGGAAGGAGGCCCAACACGGGAAGACGAAAACGGUGAUCUACAAGUUCUCCGUCCACGUGGAGCCCGAUUUCGGAGAACCCGGGGCCGUGCUCGUGAUGAACGGCAGCCGGCACAAAUUCUUCCUCUGUUCCGUGACGCUGACGGCGUCGGACAGCCGCCGCAUCCACGUCGACUGCAACUCCUGGGUCUACCCAAUAAGCAAGACCAAAGGUCCCAGGCUCUUCUUCUCCAACACAGUGAGUUGUAGGUUCUCAAGCUCGCCAUUGAACUGCUAGAAGCCCCGCCGUGAUCGAGACCAUGUUCAUCCACGCAGAGCUAUUUGCCCAGAGAGACGCCGGCGGCUCUGCAAAAGCUGCGAGCGGAAGAGCUGGAGAGCCUGAGAGGAGACGGAACGGGGGAGAGGAGGAAAUGGGAGCGGAUAUACGACUACGACCUGUACAACGACCUCGGAGACCCAGACAGAGGCCCUGGCUAUGCCAGGACCGUCCUGGGGGGUUCGGAGGAUCAUCCCUAUCCUCGGCGCGGGAGGACGGGUCGGCCUCCUAGCGACGCCGGUAUGCGACUACGAACCCACCUCAUACAGCUAACCUUCUGUAAUAUCGGAAAAUAGCUCCUUUUUUCUGAGAAACACGACCUUAGAAGCAUCGUAGUUGUAAAUAUUAGCCUUCUGAAACAUUACAAAUCCUUGAUGUCCCAUGUAUCAGACCCGAAAACGGAGAGCCGGCCGGGGCUGCUCGGGCUGGACGUCUUCUUGCCGCCAGACGAGCGGUUCAGCCCGAGCAAGAUGUCGGAGUUCGUCCUGAACUCCAUCCAGGCCGUCGUCCACUUUUUGAUCCCGGAGUUGAAGUCGCUAACCUCGCGGGGCCACGGCGACUUUGAGUCGUUCGAUCAGUUGACGGAGGACCUGUACUCCGACCAGCGUCGCCGUCCUUUCGACAGAAAGGUAAUCAACAGGCUGAAGCACUUUCUCCCCGGUGAUCUCGUGGACGAAGUGAUCCGUGCUCAUAAAAAGAACGCAGUCAAGUUUCCAGUACCUCAAAUUAUGGCCGGUCAGAGCCCGUCUCCCUCUCUCUCUCUCUACGUAUAUAUAUAUAUAUAUCCAUCUACUAUACAUCUAUCUGUAAUAUUUUUAUCGGAAUGUCAGUGAAUGAAUGGGCAUGGAGAGAGGAUGAAGAACUAGGAAGGGAGAUGAUUUCGGGCCUCAAUCCGGCGGUCAUCAGGCGCUUAGAGGUGAGGAAUGUAACUCAUCUGCAUGGUUUUCUUGAACGUUUUAUAUGCAGAAAGACUGUAAGAACAGCAUCCAAUAUACGGAAAAUCUCAGUUUUGUUUCAUUGUUCAUCAUCUCUGAAGGUUUUCCCACCUACGGGCAGGGGAGGGAGCAGAAGCUCCAUCACGACCUCCCAAGUAGAGAAAAACCUGGACGGCUUGACCCUUCAGAAGGUACCUACCUAUCGUCGUGAUUACGUGGGUGUGAUGAUGCUUCUACCACGGAGAGUUAGGCCAGUUUGCCGGUGCGACAGGCUAUGAAAGAGAGGAGGAUCUUCAUCUUGGAUCACCAUGACUACCUGAUGCCAUACUUGGCCCGCAUCAACAUGCAAGGCGUCUGCAUCUACGCGUCUCGCACGCUCCUGUUCCUGCAGGCGGAUUCAACCAUGAAGCCAGUCGCCAUUGAGCUGAGCCUGCCGGGAGAGGCCGGCGGAGAGAUCAACAGGGUGUUCCUCCCUGCAAGAGACGGCAUCGAGGGAGCCCUGUGGCAGCUCGCCAAGGCCCACGUCGCCGUCAACGACUCCGGUCACCAUCAGCUCAUCAGCCACUGGUGAGGAGCUUCUGUGAGACCCAAUUUGUCUCUGAGGGCGGAGUUUCUCCUCACUUCUCGGUCCCGCAGCUUAAAAAGCCUUGUUCCUCCUGCAGGCUGAAGACCCACGCGGCGGUGGAGCCCUUCAUCGUUGCCACCAGGCGGCAGCUGAGCACAAUGCAUCCCGUCUACAAGCUCCUGGAGCCUCACUUCAAGGACACCAUGCAGAUCAAUGCACUGGCCCGCAGCGUCCUCCUCAACGCGGGUGGGGUUCUGGAGAAGACCAUGUUCCCCAGGAAGCUCGCCAUGGAGAUCUCUUCCGCCAUCUACAGGGACUGGCGCUUCCACGAGCAGGCCCUGCCGGCGGAUCUCCUCAAGAGGUAUUCUACUGAAUGAAAUAAUCACACAAAAUCAAAUAAUUUCUCAGUUAGAUAACGACAUUUAAUCGGUUCUCAGGGGGAUGGCUAUUGAAGACCCCGGAGAACCUUCCGGCGUGAGGCUGCUCUUCGAAGACUACCCCUACGCCGCCGACGGCCUCGAAAUAUGGACGGCGAUCAAGAGAUGGAUCUCCAACUUCUGCUCGGUAUUCUACUCCACUGACGAUGCCAUGAACUCCGACGUCGAGAUUCAGGCCUGGUGGUCGGAGAUCCGCGAAGUCGGCCAUGGCGACAAGAGAGGCGACGGCGAUUGGCGCCCCAUGAACUCCCUCCCCGACCUGGUGGAGGCCCUUACGACACUCAUAUGGAUCGCCUCCGCUCUUCACGCCGCCGUCAACUUCGGCCAGUACGGCUACGCGGGGCUGCCCCUGAACCGCCCCACGCACUGCCGCAGGUUCAUCCCCGUCGAGAGGACGGCAGAGUUCGCCGAGUUCAUGGCGGACCCAGACAAGUUCUUCCUCACCAUGUUGCCGGACAGGUUCACGACGACGCUGGGGCUGGCGCUGAUCGAGGUGCUGUCGCGGCAUACCUCCGACGAGGUUUACCUCGGCCAGCGGCCAUCGCCGGAGUGGACGGACCACGCGAGGGUCCGGCAGCUGUUCGAAGAGUUCCGGCGAGAUCUGCUGGCGGUGGAGGGGACGAUACGAACCAGGAACUCGACGACGGCGCUGAGGAACAGGCGGGGCCCGGCGGAGAUCCCCUACACAUUGUUGCACCCGGACACCUCCAACGUGCGCGGGGAAGGCGGCAUCACCGGCAGAGGGAUUCCCAACAGUGUCUCGAUUUAG